AUGGAUAAUUUCGAUUACAAUUUCGUCAUGUCGAAUUUACGUUUUCUAUUCGAAGACGAAUCCGAAAAACCCAAGAGGAAUCUGCUGGAAUGCAAUUCUAUUUACACUAGUGCGAAAAUCCAAAGCGGAACUUCCUCGACCCGCAGCCCGACCUACUCGGGCUCCGUAUCACCGAUGGAACAAACUUCAAAGUUCGUGAACGUUCUACUGGAAGAAGCCCUCAAUUCCAAUCCGAAACUACUGGACUUUCUGAGCGAAAAUCCCCGACUCGGCGACGAACAAAGGCUCCCGAAAAUCCCCGUUUCGCAGGAAGAGAAGCCCAUCAGGCACCGCAAACCCAGCCUGACGCCUUCGUCCGCUUCCCACCUAGAUAAGGAGAACGCGCAAACCGGCGAGAACUUCUGCAAGUUCUGCUUCAAGAACAGGGAGCCCGCGUCGGUGUACAAGUCGCACAAGAUGAAGAACCGGACGGGGGCGCUGCUGUGCCCCGUUUUGCGGAAGCACGUGUGCGAGCUGUGCGGGAAGACCGGGGACCAGGCGCACACCAGGAAGUACUGCGAUCUGAACGACAGGCAGGAGCCGCGCAGGCCCCCGCUCAGGAGGCUCUCCAACGGGAUUAUAGUCUCGUUCCAUAAUCACAAAUGAAUUUGUAAUGUUUGUUUUGUAUAGUUUUAUUUUUAUACAUGUUUAUGCAGGGCGGUUUUUGACUCGCUGUUUUUUUAUACUUUGUUCUAUGUAUCUAUAUAGUUUU